UCUAUUUCGGCUCUACUACGACCCGCUCCUUGGUGGUGGUUUGUUAAGCUCGCGUUUUACGUCGCGCGUAAUUUACGAUCUUUUUUUGCGGCUAUGCGUUUUUGGUGACGCGAAAAGAAUACUUUUUUUUCUGAUCCGAGGUGGACUAUGGUCUGCGACGUUUAGUGGCGUCGGACUGUGUUCUUUGUUCUUCAGGUGGUACUACUCUGAAAGCGACAUGUUUGGGAACGUCGUAGCAGUCAUGGCGGGGCUGGCCCUUUUGGCCGUGAAAGGAUUCGAAUCGGUGCCGCAGAGUAACGAGCUCGACAUGAUCCCCGAGGGCAAACCGCCUGCCUUUGUGACUCCAGGUCAGACUUACCGGAUCGCUACCGGAAGUACGGUUGUCCUGCCUUGCAGGAUAACGCAGCCGGGAAGCUACGUGCUGGCGUGGAAAAGGGGCAUAGCGGUGCUAACCGCGGGUCCUGUCAAAGUGACACCCGAUCCUAGGGUUCGGUUGUUACCUUCGCCGGCAGUGGGUGCUUCGGUGUCCGGAUCGGGUGUACCCGGAAUCCCGGAACUAUCCGGAGGCGGGUACAGUUUGGAGCUGAAAGACGUCAAGCCUCAAGAUGCUGGGGAUUAUGUUUGCCAGAUAGGAACCAUGGAACCAAGGGAGAUUACUCAUACAUUGGAGAUACUAGUUCCGCCAAGGAUCCACUACGUGUCGCACACCGGCCCGUUAGAGGUGGCCCAAGGAGCGACUGUGAAAAUGGAAUGUCGGGCAUCGGGCAACCCUGUACCGGUCGUGUCCUGGACUCGUAAAAACAACGUCCUUCCGAGCGGCGAGAGGAGCGUUAAUGGCCUGUCGCUGGUCAUCCAACAUGCUGACAGACAUUCGGCCGGACAAUAUCAGUGCAGCGCGGACAACGGGGUCGGACAACCGGACACUAAGCACAUCACGCUCAAAGUUUUAUACCCUCCCGAGGUGGAGACCGAACGAUCUUACGUACACACGGGAGUCGGCCUCGAAGCCCAAUUGGUUUGUCUCGUGCAUGCCGAACCCGGGCCACAGGUUCUAUGGUUCAAAGAUACCGCCCAGCUGGGUACCACUGAACAACACGCCACCCAAGCGAGGGGUAACAGAUACACCCUCGUCAUUCGCAACGUAACUAUGGCGGAUUUUGGAAAUUACAGCUGCGUCGCGAGCAAUAUGCACGGUAAAUCCAGGGGCAAUCUGGAACUUACUGGAACCGCUAGCACGGCGCUGUUUGACUCGCCGUCCUUAGGACCCGAUAAAGACCAAUACAACAUAUCGUGGUCCGUAAACAGCCACGCGUCGGUCAUCGAGUACAAACUGUACUACCGGCAGCAACCGAGGCAUCACCAUUCUCACUACCAGGACGAUAUAAGAGCCAACAACACCAGGAUCGGGUUCAGGAACGAUUGGAACAACGUCAUUAUACCAGGAUAUGGUGUAACUAGCACGUACUUGGGUUCGGUACCCGCACCGUAUCCAGGAGUCACGCGUCAGAGGAUGUCUUACAUCAUAAGGAACCUGCAACCGGCAACUACGUACGAAGCUAGAGUUCAGGCCAAGAACGAGCACGGCUGGAAUAAGAUGUCACCCGCUUUCCAUUUUACCACGAGGUCUAACGACAUGGAGAACAUGGUGGAACCGUCAGCUCAGCCAGCAGUCUACGGCAUAAGCCAGCAGGGCAUGGCGGGGUACGGUACCAGCGGGACAUCACGUAUUACGUAUUCGGCGGUCCUCAUGCUGCUGAUCCUGCUCAUCUAAUGGAUUCGAACGUGAGCAAUUUCAUACCAAAGUGUUUCUAGUUUCCGUUGAACGAUUGUGAUAAAACGCGCGUAGUGGGAACUGUGCUUGUGGGGUAUUCCAAAAGACCGUUAAUUUAAGUGUUACCGAUCGGUGUGUAGUACUAAUUGUUCAUCAAUUUCCACUUAAAGAGCACGUUUAUCGACGUAUAUAGUGUGCAAAGAUAUUUUUCUUAUCCGUAUUAUUAUGACAGCCGUUCCUUUAAAUCGGAACUUUCCGAGUUACGCGUCGUAGAUAUGUCUUUCUGUCGCUCUUAAAUUUCGCCACAUGGUCAUUGAAUGUUUGUACAGAAAUCACCUUUACGUAUAUUGAGCUGCAUUUUCCUUUUGACGCAUAGACGUCGUCGCCGGCACGUUCUACUUUUUCGGGUUUUAACGUUAUUCGCGGCUACGGCGACGAGUUUUCAUAAUACCGGAGUAUAUGACGAGCACUUAUUCAUCGAAAAUUUGAACCGCAGCACUAUAAUAUAUUCUGACAUGAAUGUGGAGAAAAUCGUAUAUGCCGCUGCCUGAUAAAGAUCAAACAAAUGUUAUUUUUAAAGGAUUUAAAAAAUCAUAGAAUAUGUGGUGCAUUAACGCACCACUGGGACAAAAUGGGUUAAAAUGGUUGGAAGGUCGACGUGAUUUUGUUGUGUCUGUAUUUACUAGUGGAUCAAUUAUUGAGAAUGUAUUUUUUUCUAGGAGUAGUGGAUAAGGAAAUAUGAUUUCUGAACUGAGGUGGCUUUUACUUGAUGAAAAUCCAUUCAUCAAAAUAAAUAAGAACUAAAAGUUCAGGUUUUCCCGAAAUUAUAUAUUUUGACAUGACAAUUGUUUCGACAACACCGUGUGAAAUAUAUAAUUUGGUGAAAAUCUGAACUUUUAGUUCCUAUUUAUUUUUUUACACGAAGAUAUUUCAUUUUGCUAAAUCUUUUCAUUAUUUUAAAAUAAUGCCUUGCCGUUUCUCCUUAAAAUCACUAUUUGCAAAUAUUUGGUUUUGUCCAUUUCCAUGUCGAAAUAUACAGUGGCGGUGCCGCCGAGCUUUCAUGACCCAGGAGGUUACGACUCGCACUUGUACAUCAAAAUUUCGCCUCGGCUGUCCGAAUACGGUAUCCGUUCCGGCGUGAACGAGUCAAUCUUUUCGAUGGAAAAGUUUUCCUGUUUUCAAAUCGACUUUCCCGGACAGAUUUAAGGACGGAAAUAUUUUAAAAGUUCGUAUCGCGCGAAAAGUUUGACGUCCGUACGGAAUUUUCUCCGAGGAAACGCCGCGCCGUCGUUGCCGUCGCAUGCCACAUUUUACACACACUCUAAAAGUCAUUUUUGUAAAUAAAGACUGAACUAUUUUUGUAACGGUGCAAUAAGACGUUUUUCCGUUCGUUUUUUCGUUUGUACGAUGUCAUUAUAUGAAAUUAAUGUAAAUAAAGCUUACAUUGUGUAUA